AUGGAUCCUCUCACUAAAAUUGCCUAUGAUAAUCAUGUCUUACUGAGGCUGCCAUCCAAUAAUUUGAAAAUUUGUGAACUAAAACCUAACAGCGACAUUUCUUUGGGAAAGUUUGGUGCUUUUAGAGUUAAUGACAUAAUAGGAUAUCCUUUGGGAACGACAUUUGAGAUAUAUUACGAUCAAACAGAGGAAGCACCAGAUCGUAGUGACAAGAGUAAGGUUAAUAAAAUUCCUGUGGGUAAACUGCGGAUUUUGGAAGAGCGGGCAUCUGCCAAUGGCCCUGCAAGUGAAGAUGAAAACACUCCUCAGCCAGAAUUGCAAACGUUUGAAAGCAGCGAAUCGAAUAAAAACCUAAUAAAUAUCGGUAACAAGAUUCAAAAAUUAACGAUGGAGGAGAUUGAAGAGUUGAAAAAGCAAAGUGUGUCGGGGGAGCAAAUUAUUUCUAAGAUGAUAGAAGCACACGGCGGUUUUCACCAAAAGACUGUCUACUCGCAAGAGAAAUAUCUCAAAAGGAAAAAGCAGAAGUUCGCCAAAUAUUUUACGGUUGAGUACCUAAGUAGCACUGGACUACUGCAUUACCUGAUUGAAAAAGGCGAUGUUGUCAGGGCUAUGGAUAUGUCACAGGAAACAAUGGGAAUGAUGCUAAACUUGGGCAAUAUCAGAUCUAAUGGUACCUACUUGUGUGUGGAUGAGACGGGGGGAUUGCUCGUGUACGCGCUAUUAGAAAGGAUGUACGGUGGUGACAAUGAAAGCCCGGCCACAGGGAAAAUUGUGGUUGUGCAUGAGAACGAGCAUCCAAAUCUCGAUUUAUUAAAAUUUUCUAACUACUCAGAGGAGUUCAUUGAGAGGCAUGUGAAAACAAUUUCUAUCCUAGAUUACUUUGAACCGCCUAUCAUUGAAGAAGUUAGGGAAGCUUUCACACCUAUGACGGAUGAGCAGCUGAAGGAGAUGAAAAGUAACAAGAAAGGUGCCUACUAUCGCCGUCUCAAAUGGUAUCACAAUCAACUGGACAUAAUCGCCCUUGCAACUGAAAUUCAAUAUGAUGGGCUGAUUGUUGCGUCAACUCUGCAUCUACCAACUUUUGUGCCAAGGCUUGGUGAAAAAGUGCACGGUUCGAGGCCUAUUGUGUGCUACAGUCAAUUUAAGGAGACUCUUCUAGAGUUAUCUCAUGCUCUUUACAGUGAUUACCGUUUUCUGGCGCCUUCUAUAGUAGAAACACGUUGCAGACCUUACCAAACGAUUAGAGGGAGGCUGCAUCCUUUGAUGACGAUGAGAGGCGGCGGAGGCUACAUAAUGUGGUGUCACAAAGUCAUUCCUGCGCAAGAAGACAUCAUGAAUGUUAAGGUGCAAGCCCCAGAAGACACACCAGUAGAUGCAAAAAAGCAAAAGGUGGAGUAA